AUGUCUACAUUCCAUGCACUCAAUUUGGAUUUGGAUGAUGAACAGCUAGAAGCUGAAGAACAUUCCAGGGAAUUACAAAUUGAAGAAAGUUUUGAGAUUUAUCAAACUGCAUUAUCUCAAUUGAAAUUAAAACAAUUCGAAGAGGCUGACCUUACAUUCCAAAAACUAUUUGAGAAAGAUGUUCUAAAACCAGAUAAAUGGGGGUUCUAUAGACAUACUUCACCCACUUUGAACAAACUCCGGUACUUGGCUCAUCGAAAUCGUGGGAUGUAUUAUUAUACUUAUAUUAUUGAUAAUUACUCUAAAUUGGAUUCCGUUGAGGUUAUCAAUGAUAUACUAAAGGUAGUUGAACAUCUAAUAGAGUCCAUACAACAUAGUGAAGCUGAUACAACAGUUACCAACCUAUUGUACGAUAUAUUUUGUGCAUUUAAAAGUAAGAAAUUACAAAGAUCUAUUCUAGAAUACGAAUUAAGUAGAGAUGAGAAUCAGUUACUGUUUAUGGGUAGAAAGGAGAAAUUUAUCUUACCACAACUACGAAAUAUUAUACAACAAUAUAUGACGUUAUUGACUGGUUUGGAGGGCAUUCAUGAAGAUUUCCCUUUAUCAAAGUAUAUCUUAGGAAAUUCUAUAACAGGCAAUGGCCACAGUGUAAAAAACUCUGUUUUAGGAAAGAUCGAACACAUGAAGACUGAGGAUGAGCAAACCAUGAAUGAAUUAGAUGUGACGGAAGUAUCUUUGAAGGAAUUAAGUUGGGAGGCAAUUUUUGAUUCAAUUCAAGAAAAUAUACCAAAAUGUAAGAUAUCUAACCUUCUCCAAAAAACACUAGAUCCAUACCAUGAAGUUGAAGAUCCAAUUGAAGGAAUUAGAAUUAUCAUCGAGGAUAAUGAUAACAUUGCACAAAAAGGAAAUGAGGCCAGAGAAAACAAUGAUAUUGUAGUUAGCGAGGAUAAACCCACGAUCAAGAAUACUACAGAUGCUACGGAAACGAAGGAACAACCGAGCCAAAGGAAACGAAGUUUAGAUUCAGGGGACUCACAUAAAACUAUACAGCGUUCAAGUAAAAGGUUUCGAGAAAGAGAUUCCACCACGGACAUUGUGCAUGAUUCUACUUUAAAUAAUCAUAAAGAUUUCCUGGAUGAAUGGCAAAGAUUAAUUGAAGUUUUUGACUUGAAGUUACCAACGUAUUUAAAUGAUUUCUCAUUGGUUUUCUCUUCAUCUGAUAGCGGUAGUCCGAAAGUCUACAAUGAUCUGUUUGAUUGUUUAAAAAGUUGGAACUCCUGGCAUACAGAUAUAUUCAUGCAGAAAGAUUCUCACACAGGAACCAGAUCUGAUCAUGGCACAAAUGUAGAUGAAGAUAUUUUGGCUUUAAACAAUUUUUUAGUACCAACUGUAUCUGAAAAUCUAAUAGCUGACACAAUGAUAAAACCGGAACCUCUUCCUCUCUCAGAGUUAACUGAGUUUGUAUCUACUGUUAAUCAAUGGAAGCCACAUUUUCAUGAAUUUCGUUUCAGAGCAUUAUCAUAUCUACUCACCUCAUCGGUACAAGAAGAACAAAGACUUAUUAUCAAAUAUAAAUGGUCACAACACCUUUUCAAAACGAUGGAACGCAUUAUGUUAGGAAUGGAAUCCAAUCUUAUCAAUUUUGUUGACUCUAAUAAUGAUCCUUCUUUAUCACUUUCUGUACUCGAGAUAUUGGUUAAUAUGUUAGGUUAUCUUUAUUCUAAAAUAUUAACAAAGGAAAAUACAGGUCAAAAAGUGAGUGACCUUAAGCAACAAAAGGCAAAAGUGGAGAAGAAAAUUAAACAUUGGGCAAAUCUAUGUGAAUAUUUUACAGCUGCAGAUAAUCAAUAUAAUGUGCUAUUUCAAUGGAUAAAGUACUGGUUUUUGCAAUAUACUACUACUAUUUCAGAUCCUAAUCUUACUAAGCCGUUAGAAGUCAUAAAAGAGGAGUUUUCUCGAUCUGGAAUAAGGGCAUAUAUGUCCUAUCCCAACUACGACUAUAUACCAGAAUUAUCAGCUUCUUCAAUCGAGAACCAAUUGCGGAAGAUAGCUAUCAUAAAAGAUAUAGCGGUUAUUAAUAAACCAAGCAAUGAGGGCAACGUAGCUUCGAAACUCCAUGUUAUUAAAUCUUUACAAAGUGUUUUACUUCAAAGUUUAGAUGAUGCAUAUAAUAAAGAUUAUUUGAAACUAGAUGCUGAAAUGGUCUCCUUCAUCAAAAAUUCAUCAUUUACUCUAAAGUUGAAACUUUGGGAUUUACUCUUUUCUUUUUAUUGUAUCCAAAGUGAUGAAGAAUUGAUAAUACAAACUUUCUUUCACAUUUUGAAAUUUUUAAUUGGUACGUUGAAUUCUGACGAUUAUAUGGCCACAACAGAUAAAGCUCGCCAUCAGUUAUUACUUACCGUUUUCGUAAACAUCGAUCGAUUAACAGCCCAAGUGACGGAGAUUUUGUCAAAAAAUGAGUGGUCUGAAAUACAAUUACCCCCAAAGAAUGAUUACUUGAAUAUUUUAAAAGAUACUUUUUUGUUGUUCUAUCCAAUAUUGUGUUUCGAAAGCCUUGCCUCUAUUGAUUUGGCAUUAACUUCAAUUUUUCAGAAAGCCAUUAAAUCUACCACAAAAAUGAAAAAUCUUAUUGUGAAUAUCGUUACUCUUUUCAUUUAUUUCUAUUGCAUCAAACCAAUCAAUAACUCAAAGGAAUUAUACCAUCAUUCUACCUCUGAAUUGAUCACCUGUUUCCAUAACCUUUUGGGUUCGUUCACUUUUUGUGAUGCAGCUGAUGGAGCUUUUUUGAGUCUUUCUCAAAAUCUACUUUGUCAACGUUAUGACGAAAUCUCAUUUGUUCAAAUGAAGCAAGUGUUAUGGUGUAAUUACCACAUCUCCAUCGCAGGGGAUAAUACUACCCAGGAACAUACUACAACGGCCAAAUUAAUGGACAAGAACAUAGCCAUACCUUUAGGAGCAUACCUCAUCAAGCUUCGGUACGGUGAUCAAAAUCCUUUGCUUAUGAAAGCAAAUAGGUCUGCGCUGAAACAGGUUCUAGAUUCUAUUCUUGAGAGUAUAGGCCAUGUUUCAAAUCUGCAACCGUUUUUAUUUAUUAGGAAUAAACAUCUUCUAGACGAGUAUCUUCAACGUCCAAUAACUACUCAACUUGUUAAAUCGGCUUUCAGAGGGAUACCAUUACAAAUUAUGAAGAAAAUCAAUACUGAAUUACAGCCUGCCAUUGAUAGUGGUAUAUUCUAUGUGGCAUGUCUUCAGUCAUUUCAUAUGUAUAUGAGUCGGAAAAAGUUGAUGCAAGCACGUCCAUCAGAGUUAGACCCGAUAAUAUCAAAUUUAGGAACAGAUUUAAUAUACGGCUCCAACCGGCCCGAAACGUGGUUUCUACUUGGGAGAUGUUUCUCCCUUAUUGUCGAAGACGACCUAACAUGGACCUCAGAUAAACUGAGCGUGCCAGAGAAAAAACGGACGACAGCGUUUACCCAAAAGAAAGCUGUUCUUUGCUAUAUGAAUGCAAUAUCAUUACAUUAUUCAAGAAGCACUUCUACCCGUGAAGAUAAAGAAAUUUCAUUGAUGUUCUUGAAAGCUUUGGGCACUGAAUUAAUGAAUGGAUUUUUCCCUCCCAUGGAACAGUUAUGUUUCAUCGACAAAGGUUCAGGAAACGUUUUGAAGUUAUCAGAAGAUGGUAAUUUAGUGGAAGGAGUCUCAAUAGAUAGACAUUAUAUUUCCAGCUUUAACGUUAUCCAAGCAAUGUUGCUUUGUUUCCGUACAUCAAUUACACUCUCCACGGAAUUAAAAGUUACUCAAGAUAAGUGGCAAUCUACAGAAUGGUUUCUGUAUUAUCACAUCGGGAAAAUAUUAUUCAAAAAUAGUAUGAAAGGUGACAUAAAACGUGCUUAUGAAAAUAUAUUAAUAGCUUGUUCCCUGACCAGUAAUUCUUCAACUGCUAAAGAAUUACCAAUAGAGCCUCAUUAUACCCUUUUGAGCAUGUGUCAUAGCUUUCUAAGAAACCAUAUUUUUGAUCCUGAGGCAGUCUUUGGUAUCAUUUGUCAAGAUAAACAGUUUUUUAACCAGGAUACUGCCUUCUGGGAACUCGAUAACUGCACCGAGAAUGGCAAUUCAAAAGUAGUGAUAUACAGGAAGCUAAUUCAAUUACUACGUUACCUUUUAUCAGUAGAUAAGAAAAAAUGGUUCCAUAAACCACGGUUUAUGAUAGCUCAGAUCCUUUUUGAAGAAUUCGGGGACAAAGAAGGGGCGUUAAUUGAAAUGGACAAUCUAAUAUCUCUGAAAAAUACUACCAAAACAUUGGUUAAUAUAUGGAAGCCAAGUUCUGAAAGACCUGGUAUGCACUUUCUAUAUACCUAUAAAUACAUUAUGUUUUACUUGAAAAUCCUUGCCUCGAUGGAGGAUUUUCUAUCUAUUGGUCAAGUAAUAAGGAAGGUGAGAAGGUUUGGGUCAGGUAUGGUGUCUUCUAAUGAUGCACUUGAAUCAGCAACGUCGUUAUUCAUAACAAUUAUUGGCAAAAAACUAGAAGUGGACUUGGAAAAAUACGUUGACUUAUGUUUGACAUCUAUUCCAUACCAAGAAUUUAUAAAAGUUUGCCCUAUUAUUGUUGAAAAUUUCUCUACUGGAAAGUACAAUUCUACAUGGUUAGAAGGUAUCGACUUGAGUUGGCAGUUAAAAAAAGGAACAGCUGGUAUAACUUACGAUAAUUGUUGCUUAGCAAUAUUUUUCAAUAAGUUUUUUAUGUCACUGGCAGCCGAAAAAGGAAUAGAUACCUUAAAUUCUGAAACAAUUACUAUACAAACGAAGGAACAAACACAACAAACAGAACCCUCACCGUCUGUAUCAUCAACGGACAACCAAGAAGGGCUUGUAAUGAAACCUAAUCAAACGAAGAAGAGAAUCUCGAAAAAAGACGUAUUUGAUAAAAUCAAAAUCCUUGUUGAUGUAAUAGAGAAAAAUAGUACGCAAUGA